CCUCCUCAACCAUCUGCGAGACAGUCUGCUGAAGUUGUGAAGACUUGAAGGUGCGAUCACUGUAACCAUGCUGAAGGUAGUGUUUGUGCUUGGAUGCCUCCUGAGCCUCGCUCUGGCUCAUCCUAUGGACAUGGAGCACAAACGACUUGCUCGGUCAAGAUCUGACUCUAACUCUGACUCUGGCUCAGAUUCAAAUGAGGGUUCCUCCUCUCAGCUUACUACUCAGGAGUGGAUGCAGCUCAUUCGUCUCCUCUUCCCACAACCUGCUACCGCAGCACCUACUAAAAUUACUGCAGCACCUGCUAAAACUACUGCAGCACCUGCAAAAACUACUGCAGCACCUGCUAAAACUACUGCAGCACCUGCUAAAACUACUGCAGCUAAAACUACUGCAGCUAAAACUACUGCAGCUAAAACAACUGCAGCUAAAACUACUGCAGCACCUGCUAAAACUACUGCAGCACCUGCAAAAACUACUGCAGCUAAAACUACUGCAGCUAAAACCACUGCAGCUAAAACUACUGCAGCUAAAACUACCACAUAAAAUCUGAAAUGUAACCAGAGAUCAAUAAGUGAAUGUAAAGUAGUAUUGAAUGACAGAUUUUUGACAUCAGCUUUGUUUUGUGUCACUUUGUCAUGACAACUGUUUCUUUCUCUUUUCAAAAUUAAAUUAUGUUGUGUUUUCACACUCAUCAUUCUAGUUCAAUUAAACAUGUGGAUCAAAAUCACUCAGUGAUUCUCUAUGGUAUCUGCCAAAUAAAUUUCAUAAAGGGGA